AGAUUGGUGCAGAUCAAAGGCUUUUCCUCGGCAAAGAAACCGUGUUCUGUAGAAUACGGUCGUGAUUCUGUCCCAAAAGAUGUGAAGGAAGGUCAUUUCGCGGUGAUAGCCGUCGAUGGGUAUCAUGAGCCUACACAGAGAUUCGUUGUCCCGUUGAUGUUUCUGGAACAUCCUAUGUUCCGUAAGCUUCUAGAACGAGCAGAGGAGGAAUACGGGUUCGACCACCACGGAGCCCUGAUGGUACCUUGCCAACCAAGCCACCUC